CGAGUUGUAAAUUAAGAAUUUUCAUUUUAAUUCCAGCAGCAACAGGUGAUUAGCGGAAAGCGGAAUAUAAAUUGGCAAAAUGGCAAGCAAUUACGAAGGGUAUAAGUCGCCGCUGAGCACACGAUAUGCAAGCAAAGAGAUGCAGUUCCUCUUCAGUGAUAUGCACAAAUUCUCCACUUGGCGUAGGUUGUGGGUAUGGCUGGCUAAGGCGGAGAGAUCGCUGGGCCUGGAGAUAAGUGAAGCGCAGAUUGCAGAGCUGGAGAAGGAAAUCAACAAUAUCGAUUUCGAUGCGGCAGCGGCAGAGGAGCGGCUCACCCGGCACGAUGUGAUGGCCCAUGUGCAUGUCUAUGCCAAGCAAUGUCCGAUUGGUGCGCCAGUUAUCCAUUUGGGGGCCACUUCAUGUUAUGUGGGCGAUAACACAGAUCUGAUUGUUCUGCGAGAUGCACUGCAGCUGCUGCUGCCUCGUGUGGCGGCUUUAAUUUCGAGUUUAAAGCAAUUCGCAGAGACUUACAGAGGACAGCCAACAUUGGGAUUCACCCACUUGCAGCCAGCACAGUUGACUACAGUGGGAAAGCGGGCCUGCCUGUGGAUUCAGGAUCUUCUAAUGGAUGAACGAGCCCUGAGACGUUGCCUGGAGGAUUUGCGCUUCCGUGGUGUCAAAGGAACAACCGGCACGCAAGCAUCCUUUUUGCAACUUUUCAAUGGCGAUGGGGAGAAAGUGAAGCAAUUGGAUAAACUGGUAACGGAACUGGCUGGAUUCAGCAAACCCUAUGCUGUAACCGGACAGACAUACUCUCGCAAAGUGGAUGUCGAGAUUGUCUCUGCGUUGGCCAGUUUGGGUACCACCGUACACAAGAUGUGUUCCGAUUUGCGUAUUUUGGCCUCGCGCAAGGAGUUGGAGGAGCCCUUCGAGACCACACAAAUUGGAUCAUCGGCCAUGCCCUACAAACGGAAUCCCAUGCGUUCGGAACGCUGCUGUGCUCUGGCACGUCACCUUAUUUCGCUUUUUAGCAAUGCUGCCAAUACACAUGCGACCCAAUGGCUGGAGCGGACUCUUGACGACUCUGCUAACCGGAGGUUAACGCUAUCCGAGGCCUUUUUGUCUGCCGACGCAUCCUUGCUCACCUUGCUCAACAUUUCACAGGGUCUGGUGGUCUACCCAAAAGUAAUUGAAAGGCAUAUCGCCCAAGAGUUGCCAUUCAUGUCGACGGAGAACAUAAUUAUGGCCAUGGUGAAGGCUGGUGGUGAUCGUCAAGUUUGUCACGAGAAGAUUCGUGUGCUGUCCCAAGAGGCGGGAGCCCAAGUGAAGCAGCAUGGCAAGGAUAAUGAUCUGGUAGAACGCGUUCGCAAAGAUCCCUACUUCGCACCCAUUCUGGAUCAGUUGGACGACAUCUUAGAUGCUCGCACCUUUACUGGCCGGGCCAGUGACCAGGUGGUCGAAUUUAUUGCCGACGAAGUGAAUCCAGUGCUUGCCCGCUAUGCGGAUGCCCUCAAGAGUGUCCAGAAUGUUCAACUUAGCAUUUGAAAGCUAGACUUUUAUUUUUUUAUCGUUCAAUAAAUGAACUCAAAUCAAAUACAAAA